GUUGCGAAGAGCGCGUGUACCGCCCGUUCGCGUGCUCACGUGGAUUGGUAAUAAGUACUUAUCUUGUAAUUAUAGUUAUCGUCCGCGAUUGAUUAAAAAAACCCAAGAUUCACCCAAGCUGAUUGACGAUACUCCAAAGGGCAGAAGAAUAAUAAUAAGAGAAAGAGUGCGAGAGAUCAGUGUGUGGAAGGCAGCCUUCAUCCCUUCAUCGUCAACGAAUAGAACCCCGUAUUCCCCGAGUCUUCGCAGCAGUUGGAGCGGCACCAGCAAAACCUAACCCAAAGAGCAGCGCCGAGUGCACACGGCAGCGAUAGAAAAAAAAAAAAUCAAAAAAAUAGAGUAACAUAGCGGGUAGUUUGGCGCUCGUCGUAUUUGAGUAACGGAUCCAACCGUGGACGGCAGACAUGUCGCUCGGCCAGGUGCAGCUCGUGAGGUGGAGCCUACCGGCGCUCGCUCUGAUUCUUGGUCUUUUAUGGUACAAACGUCGACGCGUGGAUCGAGUUGAUCCAGGUGGGCCCACCGCUCCGACGAGCUCCCCCAAAGCUGACAAAGCCUCGUCCGUCAAACUGAACGCCGUCGAGCCCGUCAAGCCAAACACCAUUCCAGCCUCGGCGGUCAAACAGUGCGACUCUGGCAUCCACAGCGACGAUUCUCUCAACACCAGUGGCGACUCACCCGUUAGUAGCACCAGCAGCCUUACCCCCCGCAAGGUCAGCGAGAGUCUCGACAUACCCGGCAGAUCGUCGUCCAGUCUUGCCCAACCGUCGGUAUCAGUAGCUGCGUUCUCGCAGGUGCCCUGGUACGAGGACGAAGAGGAGGUCCAGGAAGAAGAAGAGGUGGUCAAAGUGGAGCAGAACCACUCUCUCUUGUCUAAGAGCCGCUCCUCGGCUGAGCUCAUAGCGAACGGCAUUGCCAUGAAGGAGAGCAAGCGAGAGCAGAAACGUCAGCAGAGGCAGGCCAAGAUCGUCGUUGCCAAUGGCACGCCCCAGCUCCAGGAGUUCGACCGAACCCCCGACCUUGUCGAGGCUUCUCCUCUUCCUCCUCCUGUUGUUGAUGCCGUUGCCGACGAUCCGCCGGCAGUAAUCGAGGAUCAACCGUUGACCAACAACAAGAACCAUGACAAGGAGAGCCAGCAGCCGACGGACAACGAGAGUCAGACCAGCAGCAACAGCGAGCAGCCGGCGAGCACGACUCAGAAUAGCCAAGUCCUGUCGGAGAGGGAUUCGGCGAAUCACAGUCCCGUUUCUGCUGUCCUCGAAGGUAGCGUCACCGACGAGGCCAGGAGCGAAGGCGAAGGCGAAGGCAGCACCGACAGCGGAAACGGUGGUAGCAUCAACGGUGGCCGCAGCAGGGAGGACAACAGCCGCACUUUCUAUGAGUUCUUGAUCCCGACGAAGCUCGUAGGUAAACUCAUAGGCCGCGGGGGUCGUUUCCUUGAGCACGUGCGCAACGAGGCUGACGUGAAACUGGCGGUAAAGCGCCAUCAGACCGAUCGCGACUACCAGCUCUGCACUAUAGACGGCACACCCGAGAACAUCACCGUCGCCCUCGACAUCAUCCGCAGACACUUUCCCGAGAAGACAUAUCCAUACCUUACCCUCGAACAGAUCGUCUACGACGAGAUAGUCGUUCCAAAUGAGAUCGCCUGGAUGCCGGAGCUUAUUCAGCUGUCGCUCGUCGAAGGCGUCAACAACGAUGUGUUUGUGUGUCAAAUCGUCACGCCGAACCAUUUCUUCAUCCAGCUGCACACCCAUCCGACUUACCCGUCCCUGCGGAUUCUCACGCAGAGGAUGACCCAAGAGUACAAUACGGUCGAGUCGCCAUUGGUGCCCGAGCCGCUUACCAAGGGCAUGAUUGUGGCGGCCAAAUUUUUCGACCAAUGGAUGAGAGUUUGUAUUGAGGAGCCAGACCCACAAAAAGAGCAAACCUUGGUUCGUCUAGUUGAUCAUGGUGGUUAUUACACGUGUAGCAAUGCAGAUAUGAGGUCUCUCCGGUUAGACUACCUCUGUCUGCCUUUCCAAGCAAUCGAAGUAUACUUGGCUAAUGUACAACCAAAAGGAGAAUGGACGCAAGAAGCGUUUGACGUGGUAUCACAACUCACCAGUAGCAGAGUAGGCCAAGCACAAAUAGUAGGCUAUGAUGAAUUCAACACAUAUAUCAAUUUGUACUACAAUAUUCACAGACUCGGUUUCCUUUCCGUAGCUGAGGAACUGAAAGCUCGAGGUUUAGCUGUAGAAACGCCUGUUAUAGAAGAGGUAAUAUCACAGGAAGUAUUGCCCACUGCGUGAAAAUCUAAAAAUCGAAAACCAAGCGAUCGUCUUUGUUUGCGUUUUUGAUGGAAGAAUCUACAAGAAUAAAAAUAGAUGUGUGACAUUAUGCGUGUGAGUGAACGAAUCAUUACUGUUGAUGAGUAAGUGAAAGAAAAAAAAUGAGAUAUUUUUUUUGUGAUUUAUACGUUUCUAAAUAAUUUGUAAAGGUAUGUUUACGUUAGCUAAACUCUUGUUAAUAGUUGAAACAUGAAAAAUAAUGUCCUAUUGUUUUGACGCAUUUUUCAGACCCAUUGCUCGGACGCAAUUAUAGAUGAUUUAUUAUUGCAUUUCCACAAAUGCCGCAUUUUUUUGCCUUUAUUUAAUAUUUUUUUUUUAUUACAAAAAAUUGAGAAAAAAUCAUUAAAAAAAAAAAAAAAAAUCUUCAAACUGAUCAUUACUUACGUUCUGUAGAUUCAGGACAUAUUUAGUGUAAAUAUACGUAAGUGAAACGGAAUUAUAGUUUUAAAAAAUGAGCUGCUGUUGCUUGUAAAGAAAAAAUUUUUGAUGUGAUAAGCAGUGAAAUUUUUUUAGAUCAAUGUAGUUAAAACAUAAUCUUAAAAUAAUUAUUUUUGAAGUUCAAUGUGAUCCUAUUAUCUUUCAGUUGUAAGCUGACUACAUUUUAUUAUUCCAUUCAACCCCGAUUUUCAUACAGUGAUUGUGCUAUCAUAUUGUAGACGUUUAAAAGCUGUUUAAGUUAUCUAAUGCUGUUAUUAUCAUAUUUUUUUUCUUAUCGUGAAAAAUUUUAGUUGUAACAUAGUUAUGAUGAUA